CCCAAACGGCGCGCUCUCCAAGGCAAGUGGCUCCUCUAUGUUGAAGGCUGAAAACAAGUAUAACCUAACACGACAUCCCUAAUGGCUGAACCAAACUUCCCUCCCCUUCCCGGGUUUCUCCCUGUGAAACCCUGCUUCUAUCAGGAUUUUGAGGAGAUCCCAGAGCAGCAUCGCAGCCUGUGCAAGAAAAUGUACCACCUGUGGAUGUUAAACACUGCAACACUUGCAGUAAAUCUCAUUGGUUGCUUUGCCUGGAUGUUCGGGGGAGGCGGAGUCACAAACUUCGGGCUGUCUAUCAUAUGGCUCAUCAUGUUCACACCCUGCUCUUAUGUGUGUUGGUUCAGGGCGAUCUACAAAGCGUUCAAGACUGACAGCUCUUUCAACUUUAUGCUGUUCUUCUUUGUGUUCAUGGCCCAAGUAGGAAUAAGCAUUAUUCAGAGCAUAGGCAUCCCUGGGUGGGGUGUUUGUGGUUGGCUGGCGACCAUCUCCUUCUUCAGCUAUAAUAUUUUGAUUGCAUUGAUCAUGCUUGUCCCAACAAUCAUGUUCACUGCAGUUGCCUCGCUGUCCUUUAUUGCCCUGACCAAGAUUCACAACUUCUACCGUGGAAGUGGAGGGAGCAUGUCCAAAGCCCAGGAGGAGUGGACCACUGGGGCAUGGAAGAACCCCCAUGUGCAGGCAGCGGCGCAGCAGGCAGCUAUGGGGGCCGCAGCAGGGGCCAUGCAGGACCAGUACUCCAGCCCGCAGUACGACCAGAACCAGAUGUAGCCCUGGGAAAUAGAUGUCUAAUGUAAAGAUCAUGCCAAAGAAUGACAGUUAGAACAUGAAAAUAUGUUUUGGAUAUUUGCAUUGGUUUUGCAGUAAAUAUCACUCUUAGAACAAGAAAUGUUUACUGCUGAGUUGUGUCAUUUUAC